AUUUUUGCCUAUUUCUCUUCUUAAAUAAUAAUAUAAGACUGCGUGAUUACGCAGUAUUCGCCUAAUUCUCUCGUACAUGACAAGGGAAUUUUUAAGUACAUAACUGUAGUAAAGAAUUAACACCAAAAAAAAAUGCACAGAAUCAUCGAAUUAAUCUUAAAUAGCGCCUUAUUAUGGAUAUUUUUACAAGUAUUGUUGAGUGUAUUAAUCACUGUCCUAUACGAGUUUUGCAUUCCUUGGAUUGUUUGGGGCUCGUUAAUUAUUGUGAUUGCACUGAGAUUGACCAGAGUAUCCCCUCCGCCUAUGAAAUUUGUCCAAGAAGUGCUCGGUGUGAACCCACUCCUCUUAAACAAAGAUAAUUCUGAAAAACACAAAGAGCAAUACUGCAUGCGAGUGGUGGCUCAUCGUGGUGGAGGACUUGAUUAUCCUGAAAACAGUUUGCUGGCUUUCCGAAAUAGCAAGGGAAAGGGUUGCAAUGCUAUAGAGCUUGAUAUAAGACUAACAAAAGAUAACAUUCCAAUAUUAUUCCAUGACCCAACAAUUGAAAGACUUACAGGCCAAACAGGAACAGUUAGUGAGAUGACAUGGGAGGAAUUGAGAGAGUUAGAUAUAACUUAUAAUCAUCCACUUAGAGACAAAUUUUCUGAUGGCGAGAGAAUUGCGCUAUUAGAAGAUGCACUGCAAGAAUGUCUGAAUAGCGAACAGAGAAUAAUUAUAGACAUAAAAGAAGCACGGAUGGAUAUCGUGCAAAUUAUUCUGGAUAUGUACAAAAAAUAUCCAAAGUUAUUUGAAAGAGGCCUCGUCUCGAGUUUCAAUCCAAUCAUAAUAUACAUGAUUCGAAAGAAAGAGCCACGUAUUGUCUCGAGUCUCGCUUGGAGGCCGUAUUAUUUUUCGAGAGUGUCGUAUACCGGCCUGGUAGCGCCCAGCGCGGCACGAUUUCAUAAUCCGUUUAAGCAUUUGGCAGCUUGCGUCUUGGAGAUUUUAUACGAGUGGUUAUUAUCUCGCUUCGUUUAUUAUAUUAUUGGUAUUUCUGCUAUAAUAUUGCACAAGGACAUAGUCAAUCCACGCGUCAUAGAACAAUGGUACGAUCGUGAUGUCCGUGUAAUGACAUGGCCGGUAAAUCGGCCGUCAGAGAAAACGCAUUUCUCGAGGCUCUUCAAAAUUACCUAUCUAACUGAUACGCUACAUCUAGAGAAGGACAUGUAAUAAAUGUCUGAUAUAUUUGUUCAGUAUUAAUUUCAAAGACUUCUUAUAUGGUAUGCUAACAUUAUUAUAUAUUGUACAAAUUUUUCUACUUUUAUGUAGAUUAUAUAUCAUGAUCAAUCAUCUAGUCGGGUCGUAAAAUUGACUUAAAUUUAGAAUAUAAGAUAUUUGUUUUAUAAUUGGACGCAAAGAAAUCUGUCGCUUUUAUGUUUUGAUGGAAUGUAUGUAUGCAAAAUUUUCAUUUUA